AUGAAUUUAUGGAGUCAAUUGUUAGUGAAACACUUGUAUGUGGAUCGAAAUGUGAUUAAAGAAGUGUAUGAUCCAUGUCAUGAAGAUAAUCAACAACAACACCACGAUCAUCGUAUCAAAUCUCGUCCCUCUCUCAUGUCUGUCUAUUUCACUUUACGUUCUUUCAUCAAACAUAAAUUGACAACUGACAGUUCACAAAAGAAAUCUUCUCCGAGUCUAUUGAAAUCUCCUCUUGAUUCUCAAAACGUAGAGGAAGAGAAAUUACCUUGUUUUGCUACUUUCUCCAAUCACGGAUACAACAUAGCUGAAGGAUUCAACACUCAAUUAUUUUCUCGAUACUUCCAUGAGAUUGAUUAUGAUCCGUGUGGAAUGGGAGAUUAUAUUGGCGAGAGACGAGUGUUUGUGCAUGAGCCAUUCCAUAUGUCUGAUGAAGAUCAUGAUAUCAGGAUCUCAUUGAAUUCUGGUGAAAUGAUUCGUUUUCGUAUUUAUGCUCUUUCAUUUCAAGAAGAAUUUCAAGAAUAUUAUCAAUCGAUGAUUCAAAAAUUGAGUGGAAUGAUUUUUAUUCGAAACCUACCAAAGGAAGUGAUGCUGAAUGAAACUCGUAUCAUUGAGUCUGAAUUGCCAACACUUAAAAUUCUCAUGAAACAAGAGUUCAAAUCACCACUCGUUACCAUUGGAUUACAUACACAACAUGAACAACGAGAUACAAUUUUCAAAAUACUUUACAAAAUGGUGCAUGAAAAGAAAUAUUUUGGAGAAUGUCGUGUGGAUGUGACACAAUGUAAUUUAUAUGAACAUGAUCAAGUGGAGAGAACCAUGAUCCAUGCCUUGGGACGUUAUCGACUGCAUCAAUUGGACACGAAUCAAUUAUUUAUGGAUUUGAUCAAUAACAAGUUAAAGUUGGAAUGGAACAAGAAGGACAAGAAUCAUUGUCAAACGAUGUGA